AUGGGGGUGGCCACACGAGCGGAUAGUAAGGGUGUUUGUGGUUGUUUGACCCUGCUUCAGACUUGGAUAUAUGAGUACUUUCCUCUAUUCCGUCGAGCCAGUUGUCGCAGUCUUCGGAUGCACCCCGUGCUUCCUUGUGGUUUCUUCCUGUUUGCCAGGUGGGGAUGA